AGUGUGUAGCCGCGGUAUCCACUUUGCGACGACACGGGAGAUCGAGGAGCUUGGCAGGAAGUUUCUCCGCGCUUCGCGGCCUGAAGUUUUUCUCUGUGCACUGCGGACUAGCAAUGGACACCCAGAAGGACGUUCAGCCCCCGAAGCAGCAGCCCAUGAUAUAUAUCUGUGGAGAGUGUCACACCGAAAGUGAAAUAAAAUCCAGAGAUCCAAUCAGAUGCAGAGAAUGUGGAUACAGAAUAAUGUACAAGAAAAGGACUAAAAGAUUGGUGGUUUUUGAUGCUCGAUAAAUCAUGGAAAUCUAAGAGUAUCUUCAUUUUACUUGCAUUUGCUCCAUUAAUGGUUCUUAUUGUUGGUGUAACUUUUAAUUUAGCACACUUACUUUAUGAGUAUAAAAGUAUGUACAUAUGAUUUCAUUCCAUGUUAAAAACAAGAUUGUAUUUCGGUGUCAAUACUUUGUAUAAAAAAUGUGUUCAAUUAUAUGACUUAUGUAUUCUGACUCACAGUGAAAAUUAAAAUUGCUUCCUCAAGCCAAACUUUUCAUCAAGGUCUUAUUUAAAACUCAAGUUUCUAGAAACCUCUAAAGUUCAGAUUAAGUUCUCUUGAAACCACUAUUUUGUGUACUCUAGCAUUACUUGGUCCAAAGUAAACCAUUGUACUUGUUGUCAGUGUAAAGUUAUAGAAAAAUAAAUAGAGGAAACCAGAAA